AUUCAGUUCCCUUUUAUUUCUCCGCCCAAACCCUCGCGGAGUCCCCAUCUCCGAACGCCUCCAAGACCCUUCCUCUAGGGUUUGGGAUUGGAUUCCGUAGUCCUACUCUCCGAAUUCCUCCACCGAGUUUGAGGGAAGUGGGUUCAGACCGGUCUGUUCCAUUUUCAGCUCUGUGUUUAUAGGAAUUCAGCUGUAUGGCAUCCCAAUUAUCUCGUGAGUGGUUUGGGAUCCAGCAGUUCCCGGCUGCCACACAGAGCAAAUUGCACGAAUUGCUGGGAAAGCUGAAGCAAGAGAAUGUGAGCACGUUGACAAUUCUGGUGAUGGGCAAGGGUGGUGUUGGAAAGUCGUCCACGGUGAACUCCAUAUUGGGGGAGAGGGUGGCUGCUGUCAGCGCUUUCCAAUCAGAAGGAUUGCGACCAUUGAUGUGCUCACGCACGCGAGCAGGAUUCACUUUGAAUAUCAUUGACACUCCUGGGCUUGUGGAAGGUGGAUAUGUCAAUGAACAGGCUCUUGAAAUCAUAAAACGGUUUCUCUUGAACAAGACUAUCGAUGUUCUUCUGUAUGUGGACCGAUUAGAUGCAUAUAGGGUGGAUAGUUUGGAUAGACAGGUUAUUAAAGCCAUAACAGAUACAUUCGGUAAAAGAAUAUGGCGGAGGGCUUUGGUUGUUUUAACUCAUGCUCAGCUGUCACCACCAGAUGGACUGAAUUAUGAUGAUUUCUUUGCUAAACGAUCAGAAACACUUUUAAAAUACAUUCGCUUAGGUGCACGUAUUAAGAAACAAGAGUUUGAGGAAUCUGUUGUUCCUGUGGUCUUGGUCGAGAACAGUGGGAGAUGCAAAACUAAUGAUAAUGGGGAGAAGAUUCUUCCUGAUGGUACUGCAUGGAUUCCGAACUUGGUUGAAGUAAUAACAGUUGUUAUCUCAAAUGGGAGCAAACCUAUUACUGUUGAUCAGAAGUUGAUUGAUGGCCCCAACCCUAAUGAGAGGGGAAAGUUGUUCAUACCUCUUAUCCUAGCUUUCCAGUAUUUUUUCGUGGUGAAACGGAUCCAGAAAGCCAUAAAGCAGGACAUUGCAAAAGAAAGCAAGCCUCUUUGGGAGCUGCGCGACAUGGGCUUGGCAAACCGGAAAUUCUAGAGGUUUAAAGUCUUUUUUCUCUUUUCCUUUUUUGGGGGGGCUUAGCAUGACAGCUCUCUUUUUUCUGCUGCUGUUUUGUGACUUUUGUACCAUUAACUGGCUUUAUAGGAGUAGCUAAGUUGGGCGGCAGAUUAAGAUUUUAUUGUUGAGGAUGAUUCUAAUUCCAAUGUUAUUCAGUGUCAUGGUUAGUUUUUUGAUUGCUGUAGCCUUCAACUUCGAAGCAGCUAAAUGUGAUAUUCGGUCGUUUGCAUUCUUUUCU